AUGCACAUCCGCGGAUAUGAUGAUUAUUAUUAUUGGCGGGGGGGAUUACCAGCUCGUCGCCGGCAAAAGGCCAAGGCAGCAAAGAAGGGAAACCUGAUUGAUUCCCCUGAGCGCGGAAGUCUCAGGGCGCGCAGAGCUCGCGUGGCCACUGGCCGCAACCAGCCCCAAGGAAAAACUCCACGGUGGCUGUGUGCCAGAGUAUUGGGUGAGCGACGUCGGCGGGCGAUGCGAUGCGUCUGGCAGCUGAUUGCCACCACCAUAACACGACCAAGGCCGUUCCCAGCACCAGCACCAGCAGCUGUGGACGACGGAGACGGAGACGGAGACGGUCGCCAACCCUGA